AUGACAGGCAAGUUUUCAAAGAAAGUUUAGAAAAAUAAAUGUAUUAUUGAAGACGCAGGUUAUGAGGAGAUGUCCCAAGCAGAGAUUCUGACAGGAUCGGUCGGCUGGCAACGGAGUCUUCCGGCGAACAUCAAGUUCCGGGACAAGCCAAUGAGAGACAUCAGUGACCUUGCCGUUUGGACUCUGUCUAGCUGCAAGCCGGGUUUGUCGCUUUUACCAAUGAGAGCGAAAAUUGAAUUGAGAUUUCAGGUUACGGAGUUCAUGAACUUCUGAAUGAUAGCGUCGAUAAGUACUGGCAGAGCGACGGUCCUCAGCCUCACACCGUCACCGUCGAAUUCCAAGUAUUUUGAGUCUCUCGAGACUUCAAGAUUGUUUUUUUGAAGCGAAAAACGGAUGUCUCCUUUCUUUUCCUUUAUUUGGAUUAUAAGAACGACGAAUCUUACACUCCUAGCAAGUAUGUUCUUCACAUUGUCUAUAUCACGGGAAGUUCUCUUAUUUAGAAUAGUAGUAAAGACGGGAAGUUCGCUGCAAACUCUUGAGAACACAGUGUCCGUGACGUUCCAUGAACCGAGCGGCUGGCAAGUUCGCGCUCUUUUCCGAUUCGAAGCGAAUUACUUAUUUCAGAGAAUCGAUUUGAGAGACUCCAACAUUGAUCCGGCACGGGUGAUGGUCGUCCAUCUGCAGGUUGUCCAAAACCAUCAAAAUGGACGCGACACCCAUAUCAGGUUUGUUUUGCUGAUUUCGUAAUUACUGUACUCAGCGACCAAUUAUCUCUUAGAGCUGAAUGGUUUUUUCUGACUGUUUUUACUGGUCGCCAGUUUUUUUUUUUUGUGAUUUCUUUAUCUGUGAUUUCGUAACGUUCAAACAUCGAAAACAAAAAAUAACUGCUGCUAUGGUAUCAGUCUUCCUUUUUUUCGUAAUUUUUUUGCGUCUUCCCACCAGGUCAUGAUUUUUGAAGUUUCGGAAGUCUCUGUAAAACAGAACUUUGUGAAACAAAUAAAUUAAAGUAACUAAGAAUUUCGUUCAAAAAUUUCCAAGAAGUGUUUGUUUUUUGGUCGCCAAAGUCCUAUGGAAUGACCAGAAAACUUUUAUUUUUAAGAAUAAAGAUUCAAAGCAGAAAAUAAAUCAUCAAGAUAAAUAAGUGAGUCUGAAGUCUUACGUCCCGUCUUGAACACUCAGAAUUUGAGCAGAUUGAUGCUUCCAAAGUUUCCAUCCAAUACGCCUUCAAGCUUUCUGACUGAAUUCUCACAGUUCCAAAGCUUUGAGUGGAAAAAAAACUUUUCAAAAAUUUUCAUUCGUGUUUAAGAAUUUAGUACUAGUAUUUUUUUGCCAUUGUCAAAAGAGUAAUUUUUUCAUAAGUUUGGUUUCCAUGCAUUUCAUUCAUUUGUCCUCAUUCUCAACUGAGCGGGGGCCACUCCUUCAAAUCUCGGGUCGUCCCGUCGGCAGCUCUACCACUCAAUUAUUUUUGAGAACCUUUUCAGGCUUCAUUUUGCAGCCGUCGGUAUUAUAUAUCUGUUAGUGAUCCUUCAAAAGUCAGAUUUGAAAACGCUAUAUUUCCCUGUCUUUCAUGAAUCAUUUUCAAGGCACAUUCGUGUGACCGGACCGUCGACUUCAAGGUUCUGUGCAGAGGCUCGUCUCAUCGCAGGAGAUCCAAUCAGGGAUUUUAAGACGGAAAACUUUGACAUGAAACAAAUCAUGCUCUCGGCUAUGUCGAUCCGGUAG